UCCCACAAUUUGCAACUCGGUAACUCUUUUCCCACUCUUUCCUUCAUUUUCUUAGCAUAUUCGAAACCGAAAGAACUACCAAUUUUUCUCGAGUUUCUUUACACCAAAUCUUUCGUUUCUUGAUUUUCAGCAACUUGUUUGAUCUGGGUUUUUGUUCAGGCUUCAUAUUGGGUUUGUUUUAUAGCAAAACGGAUGGCAGCAGAGAGUAGGCAAAGCUCGAAUGCCGAGCCUGUAAGGUUCCAGGCGGCUUCAUCAGAAGAAAGAAGAUCAAACAAUCUCCCAAACUUUCUUCUUUCAGUAAGGCUAAAAUAUGUGAAGCUUGGUUACCAUUAUCUAAUCUCCAACGCCAUGUAUUUAAUGCUAGUGCCUCUCCUAGGCAUUGCUGCAGCUCAUCUUUCCACGCUUACUUUCCUUGACUUUGUUCAACUAUGGGACCAACUCAAGUUCAAUCUCGUCUCAGUAACCCUAUGUUCAGGUCUUUUAGUUUUCUUGGCCACACUUUACUUCAUGAGCCGCCCUAGGAAAGUCUACUUAGUGGAUUUUGCCUGUUACAAGCCUGAAGCUGAUCGUACUUGCACCAGGGAGAUCUUCAUGGAGAGAUCUGGCCUCACUGGGAGCUUCACUGAAGAGAACUUAGCCUUUCAAAAGAAAAUCCUUGAGAGGUCUGGUUUGGGGCAGAAGACCUACUUGCCAGAGGCUGUGCUGCAUGUCCCACCAAACCCCUGUAUGGCGGAGGCUAGGAAGGAGGCUGAGACCGUGAUGUUUGGAGCCAUUGAUGAGCUUUUGGCGAAAACUGGUGUGAAGGCCAAGGAUAUAGGGAUCCUUGUGGUGAAUUGCAGCUUGUUCAACCCUACACCAUCUCUUUCUGCCAUGGUUGUGAACAGAUACAAGCUUAGAGGGAACAUUUUGAGUUACAAUCUUGGUGGAAUGGGCUGCAGUGCUGGGCUCAUUUCUAUAGACCUUGCUAAACAGCUACUACAGGUGCACCCUAACUCUUAUGCCUUAGUUGUAAGCAUGGAGAACAUUACUCUCAACUGGUAUUUCGGCAACGACCGAUCCAUGCUCGUCUCAAACUGCCUCUUCCGCAUGGGCGGCGCUGCAAUCCUGCUCUCCAACCGGUUCUCCGAUCGCCGCCGUUCCAAGUAUCAACUUAUUCACACCGUACGUACCCACAAAGGGGCUGACGAUAAAUGCUACAACUGUGUCUUCCAACGCGAGGAUGACACCAAAAGAAUUGGUGUUUCGCUCUCGAAAGACCUCAUGGCUGUCGCUGGAGAAGCCCUUAAAACCAAUAUCACCACGCUCGGGCCAUUAGUUCUUCCCAUGUCCGAGCAACUCCUGUUUUUUGUCACUUUAGUUGCAAGGAAAGUCUUCAAAAUGAAGAUCAAACCAUACAUUCCGGAUUUCAAGUUGGCUUUCGAGCAUUUCUGUAUUCAUGCUGGAGGGAGGGCUGUGCUAGAUGAGCUCGAGAAAAACCUUGAUCUCACGGAUUGGCACAUGGAGCCAUCGAGGAUGACCCUUUACAGGUUUGGAAACACUUCAAGCAGUUCCUUGUGGUACGAACUAGCUUACUCUGAGGCCAAAGGGAGAAUCAGAAAAGGUGAUAGAACAUGGCAGAUUGCUUUCGGGUCAGGAUUCAAGUGCAACAGUGCUGUUUGGAAGGCCUUGAAGUCCAUCAAUCCAGCCAAGGAGAAGAGUCCUUGGAUUGAUGAAAUCGAUGAGUACCCUGUUCAUGUGCCCAGGGUUGCAACAGUCUCUUCUUCCUAAAACCAUAAUUUCCCAUUAAGGAGAGAGAGAAACUUUAAUUAGUACAAUUAGUACUAUGAUUUAUUUUAUACAUGCUUAAUGUGUGUUAAUCUGAAUGUUAAUUCCAAGUUAAAGAAAACACACCCCAUUCCAUUACUUUCUUUUUUUCUCCUUUUCAUUUUUCUUGGUGUUGAAAAACAAUUGAUUGGUGAAUGUAAUUUUUACACAAAUGAAAUGUUGCUUAUUUCUUAAUCAAA